AGGCCCAUGUUGCAGCGGUGGCGCAAGAAGCCAUAUAAUGAGUAGUACUUCUACCACCUAGGCGUAACUAGUAGACGAUAUAAGUAGAUAGCCUCAUCUCAACAUUUUCUGAUUGUUUUUGUACCUACUACAACUACUUCUACUUGAUUAUAUUUUUAUUUGCGAUUAUUUUUCAAUAAUGGCGCCUUUUCUUGAAGGAACUACAGCUACACGCGGAACUCCAGGAGAAGCGGACCCUCCAGGAGAUGAAAACCGAACAAAGGGUAUUAGCCAUGGUGGCGGCUGCGCGUACUCCCUCUUAGAGCUCUUUUGUGGCGUUGGGGGUAUGCGCUUUGGCCUAGAGUAUGGCGGGAUGCCUAUUGAUCCAAGCCGGUCCCUGGCAGUCGACAUAAGUCCCGAAGCCUUGAAAGUAUACCGACACAACUUUCACGAUGCAUUCGAGAAAGACGUUGACGCUGUAGCACUGCCACCAGGAGAUGAUCGCGGUGCUGCUGGUACUGGUACUGGUGGUGGUCAAAAAACUACUGCUAGAGGGUGUGGAGAUGCCAAAGGUGACGUUGACGGAGUUGAUCAAGAAGGAGCUAGUGCGAGGGGAGUAGAUGAUGCCACUAUAAUUAAGCGAAAGAACAAGAACCAAAAAGCAAAACGACAGCAACGAAACAAGAAAGAGGAUGUGAGUGUGCUGACGGCUUGCAGUGUAGAUCUUGCUACGGUUCCUCUAGAGUUUUUCAUGGGCAAAACGAUGAAGGGCGGAUCCUCUUCUUCAGGUACAACGCGAUCAAGUGCUACUUUAUCGAGGAGCUGCGGCCGCUCCGCCAGUCCCGCUCCCCCCGGUUACGAUAUCUGGACGAUGUCGCCUCCUUGCCAACCGUUUUCCCGCCAGGGUCAUGGUGAACAGCUCAAUGACGAACGAAGUCGAGCUUUUUUGAACAUCGUCGAUGCUUUGAGGAACUUACCAGAAGAUGCGCUGCCUAAAUGUUUAAUCCUAGAGAACGUCGUGGAAUUCAAGGAUAGCGGCGCUUGCCAGGAUCACUUGUUGCCGACACUGAGGAAACGUGGCUUUUCGGUAGACGAAGUGUCUCUGCUGAGUCCUGAUCAAUUCGGGUAUCCUAAUAGUAGAACAAGGUGUUUUGUGGUAGCAACGAGAAGGACUGAUCAUCCUGGAGAACCAGAACAUCAUGGAGAACAGUCAAACAGGACAGCCUCAGCUCCUCCCUCGUCGUAUUUUCCUCUUCCAGAACAUCUUCAAGAAAAACAAGAUUCACCUGCUGCUGGUCCUCCUUCUGCUUCUGGCCAACAGCAACGGAGGACUAGAGCUAACGAAAUUGAGGUGUUUCAGCUCGACUUUUCCCGCAGUGAAACCCACUGUCCUCACGGCGUCGCCUAUAAACCUGGAAUGAAGUGCAUUGCCGACUUUCUCCAGUUUCGGAAUCAGGAUGAAGCAGAAGAUGUAAUUGAACAGCGACCACAAUGUCUACGAGGACAUAACGUAGACGUGGCCGAUCUCGUAAUACCAGAUACCACAUUAGAAAAACGAUCUUCAACUACGCUAGACGUCGUUUUUCCUCAGUGCCAACACUCUAUGUGCGUUACUAAAGCGUAUGGUCGUUUCUUUUGUGGCACGGGGUCGGUCCUAGCGCAUAAAGGCGAACCAAGAACUUCCGCGGCUAAAAGAGACUUAUACUCUGAAGUCUAUCUUAGCAAUAGCAAAGAAGGUUCUUGCGAUGUCGAUGUGCAUGCCGAUGUUGAAGAGCGACAUAUAGAGCAGCAGCAGCACACAUACAUGCGAGGUCCUUGGAGUGGGAGACUGCGUUUUUUUCACCCUUUGGAAGUCUUCGCUUUGAUGGGCUUCGUUAUAUCUUCUACCACAAGCGCGGCCACAAGCGCGGCCACAGCUGGAGCUGUAGAUGAAGAAGAAGACUCCAAUAGCAUUAGCAAAGUCCUCUGUAGAAAUUUUUCAUUGCCCCCAUCGAUUACUAGACGCCAGGCUUGGGCUCUUGCCGGAAACUCUUUGAACCCCCAGAUUGUGGCGUUCUUGGCAAGAAAACACUUCUUGAGGAAGCCAUGGACACGUACUUAUUUUUCACCUCGAUCCCCAAUCGAUUCCUGAAGCAAACUGAAACUGUGGAGGAGCGAUCCUUUUACAAUACAGUACAAUUAAUCUCGCUUUUUUUUUUUGUAUCGUGAGCGAGUUCCGAUAAAUCAAAACCUACCUGCGUACUUUGCAAGCGAGUUCUCGCACAAAGUUCAGCGCAGACUGCCACUCAUUUCUGCACCGCCACGGUCUCACUCUCGGGGUCCUCAGCGAAAAGAAGUAGAAACAAGUGCUCCACCAGAAUGAAAAUUUUGUUUUCCA